ACCCUCUUGUGCACAUCUGUCCACAAAUUUUAAGUCAAGAUGGAGUCAAUUACUCUUGAGGAGCUCCAUACUUUUCAUGCCAUUGAUCGUGAUAUAUUCUCCCGGUUGGUAUUAACUUUUCAGAGAGAUAUAGCUGAAUCUCUGCUAGUCAUGGCAACAUGGCUGUGGCUAGAAGAUAGGGGCUAUCCCAACAUAAUAGUGAAAAUGGUGAGGCUAUCAGAUCCUCUGGUGGAUGCACUAGCUGAUGAGGCUGCUGCAUGUUUGAGUGUCCUAGGAUCCACCAACCCUUCCAUCCCUCCUAAUGGUGGCCUCCCUCUCCAUGCAAGAGUCAUGGAAAAGGAAAUCACUUUGCAUGUGUUCAACCAGAACAAAUUCACUGCAAUAAGUGGGAUAAAAAAUUUUCUCAACACUGUCUGUGCUCGCAUUUUCACUGAUAUCUUGCAGCGUGUGCUAGGGAGCCCAUCACAGGUGAUUCCUAACAGCCCUCUUAAUGUUCCUGGUUUUCCUCAUCCUUUGUUUGGUGCUGUUGCCAUUAUGCCUAGGGCCAUAAGCAAUGAUUUUCCUCCUGGAGGACUAUGGGGUUGGCAUUCCACCAACAAUGCUACAGAGGAUGAUAGGACCAUGUUCCUGACAUUCUCGCGGGGAUUUCCAGUGACAGAAGAUGAAGUGAGGGAGCUUUUUACCAAGAUGUAUGGUGAAUGUGUUCAAAGUGUCCAGAUGCAGGAGAAUGCCUCCUCCAAUGGACAGCCCUUGUUUGCUAGGCUGGUUCUUCUUUCUAUCACAACUGUUGAUCAGAUCCUAUGUGGAAGGCGCAUGGCAAAAUUUCGGAUCAAUGGCAAACACAUUUGGGCCAGGAAGUAUGAACGCCGGGAAUAAAUUCACCUGAGGAAGCCAAAUGCCAGCAUUUUUACAUAAUCUGUCAUGUUAUGCAUCUUUUAUUUUCAAAAAUAAGACCCUAUGGAAGUUUUCCCUUUGCUCUUACCCCAUUGUUUCAUUGUUAAUGGGGUUUGUUGUCAUACAAAGAUCCAUAGAACUGUUCCAAUGAUAUAUUGUUUUAAUGAACUUCAGAUUUCCUCUCUAAUGUUGUUUUCCUAUAAUGUCUCUAGUGCUUAAUAUUGCAGCUAUUGGAAGCCAUUGAAAGCAGCAGUUUUUACCUUGUAGAAAUAAUAGAUUUUUACCUUGUGAGUUCAGAAUCUAAGGCUUCUAUUAGCAGAUAUAAAAAUUGUUCCAUUUU